AUGAAAACAAGCAGUCUUUUGGUUGUCAAUCUCAUUAUUUGGUCCGUGCUUCUUGGAAGUGUGUUAUCUAAUAAUGAGUAUAUAACUUUUAACAUACUCGCAUUGCCUCCAAGUGUCACAGGUCCUGAAUCUGUUGCUUUUGACCGUGGCGGUGAAGGCCCGUAUGUUACAGUCGCUGACGGAAGGAUCCUUAAAUGGAAAGGUCCCACCGUUGGGUUCGUUUAUUUUGCAUAUACUGCGCCUACCAGAACCAACAAGUUAUGUGAUGGCACAAAUGAUCUGGAAUUAGGACCAAUAUGUGGAAGACCAGUUGCUCUUAGCUUCAACUACAAAACCAGUGAUCUCUAUAUCACUGAUGCUUUCUUCGGUCUUUUGGUUGUUGGAUUCAAUGGUGGUCUCGCAACUCAACUCUCACGCGGUUUCAAGUACUUAUCUGGUAUUGACGUUGAGUCAUAUACAGGAAAUGUUUACAUGACUGAUGCUAGUUUGACUUUCGACAUAAGAAACAUGGCACAACCCGGGUUUACACCAGACUCAACUGGAAGGCUAUUGAAAUAUGACCCAAGAACCAAGCGGGUAACUGUAUUGAUAAGUGGGCUGUCAGGAGUAGGUGGUCCAGCAGUUAGUAGUGACCGAAAGUAUGUUUUGGUUCCUGACUAUGUGAACAUGAAAGUCCAAAGGUAUUGGCUGCAGGGACCGAAAAGAAACACAAAUGAGGUUUUCCUUACCAACUGUACUGGGAGCCCGAUAAACAUUAAAAGGACAGUAAAUGACGAAGAAUUUUGGGUCGCGGUAGAUAAUCAAGGUCAACAGCCCACAGUGAACAGUGAACCUCAUGGCCUCAGAGUUAACGGGUUUGCAGUGGUACUCCAAACUGCUCCCCUUCCCCAAUUCUUGGACAUGAGUGUCACGGUGGUUCAGGAGAUCAACGAUGCACUGUACGUGGGCUCAAGCCAUGCUGAUUUUGUUGGUGUUUACACGAAAUAG